UUUGUUUUGUUUUGUUUUGUUGUCAUGGCUCGUUUACACAUAGUUUUCACUGUCCUGGCAUUGGGUUACAUUGGUUGGAUUGCGAACGGAGAUGGGACGAGCGGCGCUGCGACGGUGCUGCCGGUGGUGCUAUGGCAUGGCAUGGGCGAUACUUGUUGCCUGCCCUUCAGUUUGGGGUCCAUCAAGAAGCUGAUUGAGGAGCACACGAACGGGACGUAUGUCCGUUCGCUGAAGAUCGGCGCCAAUGUGGUGCUGGACUACGAGAGCGGCUUCUUCAUCCAUCCCAACGAGCAGGUGGAUUAUGUCUGCAAGCAGCUGGCCCAGGACGAGCGUCUGGCCAAGGGCUACAAUGCCAUCGGAUUCUCGCAGGGCGGCCAAUUCCUGCGUGCGGUGGCCCAGCGCUGUCCCGAGCCGCCCAUGCGCACGCUGAUCACGCUGGGCGGCCAGCAUCAGGGCGUCUUUGGUCUGCCCAUGUGCCCCACGCUGACAGCCCACUCCUGCGAGUACAUUAGCCGCCUGCUAAACGUGGCCGCCUACGAAGAAUGGGUGCAGGACGAACUGGUGCAGGCCACAUACUGGCACGAUCCGCUGCACGAGAACCACUAUCGUCUGGGCAGCACCUUCCUGGCGGACAUCAACAAUGAAUUGUAUCUGAACGAGAACUACAUCGAGAACCUCAACAAGCUGAAAAAAUUCGUUAUGGUUAAGUUCCUCAAUGACACAAUUGUCCAGCCAAAGGAGUCGCAAUGGUUUCAGUUCUAUACAUCCGGCCAGGAUCAAGUUAUUCAGCCCUUCAACGAGAGCAAAGUCUUCAAAGAUCUGGGCCUGGACCGCAUGCUGCAAAAGGGCAAGCUGCAGUUUCUGGGCAUUGAGGGCGAUCAUUUGGCCAUAUCCAAGGCGUGGUUUAUAGAGCAUUUGGUGCCGCUGCUGUUAGCAUAAGACGUCAAGGCGUUGGGUCGCAGAGAGAGAGAGGGAGAGAGAGAAAGCAAUGACCAAAAAGAAAGAGAUGGAAAUGGAAGUGGAGAGUGCGAAAAUAACUCACGAUUUUAACAUUCUAUGACAAUAUACAUAUAUACACUUACAUACAUACAUAUAUAUAUAUGCGUAUAUUUCUGUUUCUUUAAUUAGAUAUUUAGUAAAUUCAGUUACUGCAUACAAAACAUUAAAAAAAAAAACUU